AAAUGGCCUGCAGAGCUGACGCUGAUCUUAAACCUCAGCGGUUUGAAUUCACAGUUCUGUCUGAACAGAUCAGCAAACUUAAAGAGGAUGAAUUGACUCUACAUUUGAAAGAUUCUGAGCCUGAAAUAAUCCCUGAUGCUACCCUGCAGGUAGAAGGAGAAAGUUUUUAUGUUAACCGUCAACAACUGGCACUCCAGAGUCCAUACUUCAGGGCCCUGUUUUUUGGAUGUGGUGUAGAGAGCCACAGAAGGAAGAUUGAGAUCAAAUGUGUGAGCCUGCAGCAUUUUAGCAUUUUGAUGGAAUAUGUCAGGACAUGCAAUCUGCCACUGAGCAGGGAAAAUGUCCUGGGGAUUCUUGAGACUGCAGACUUUUUACAGUUGGAGGGUGCCCGGAUGCUAUGCUGCAAGUUCCUGGAGCGUGAGCUGCACCUCAGUAACUGUCUGGGGAUGAUGGCCUAUGCCUGGAGGCUGGGCUGUUUUCAGCUCUACAGGGCAGCAAGACAGGUGGUGCUUGUACACUUCUCUGCUAUUGCUGCUGAGGAGGACUUCCUGUCCCUGUCUAAGGAGAACAUAGCAGACCUUCUUAACAGUGAUGACCUAACCAUCUUCAAGGACGAUCUUGCCCUGGAGUCUAUCCUACGUUGGGUGUCAUUUGACCCCAAACGAGAAGAACAUUUUCUGGAGCUAAUUGAGCUGGUGAGGCCUGAGUCACUCUCUUUACCAUUUCUCACCGAGCUCCUGACCAGAAUGAAAAGCUCUGAUCCCAGAGCUAAGCUCAUCUGCAAGCUGAAUGAACAUUUUCCUGCAUCUUGGUCAGUAGGCAAGUCAAUGAGAAGAACCAGGGCCAGAGAGACUCUCUUUUUGCUGGGUGGACCACAUGAACAAGAGCAACAGACAUUGUACCAGUUUUAUCCCCACAGUGGGAGAUGGCAGAGCUGUGCACCUCUGCAGAGGAAGAACCUCACACAGUACUCAGUAGCUGCUGUAGGAGACAAUGUGGUUGUAACAGGCGGCUACUUCCGGGACAUCCUCUGGUUCAGUGUUGACUGGGUCAGGAUAUACGAAUGCGGGAACCAGCGCUGGCUUGAUGGGCCAGCUCUGCUGAAGUCCAGGCACAGCCAUUGCUCCAUUGGGCUGGACUCUGUGCUCUACGUCCUGGGAGGCAGCAUGGAUGAAGGACUUGUGGCUGAUGUUGAGAAGCUGGUACUGGGGUCUGAGGGGGAGUGGGAGGGUGUCAGUGCCAUGAUUAGGGCUGUGGAGAGGGCAGCCACUGCGGCACUGGACUCUUGUAUCUAUGUAGCUUGUGGCCUGGAUGAAAACGGGGAGGUGUAUGGAGGAAUUCAGAGGUAUGUGGUGAAGGAGGAUCAGUGGGAUGUAAUUUCCUAUUCCCCAGUUCCACGGUAUGACUUGGUUGCAACAGAGCUCAACGGUGCCCUCUAUCUGUUUGGAGGACAAGCUUUGCGAUUAGAUGUGGAAACAGAUGAGUGGACCCUUCUUGAGGAGGACUUUCUACAGAAGAAGUUUUUCUCUGGCUGCACAACAGUCUGCGGACAGAUAUACCUGCUCAGUGAGAGGAAGGGUAACAAAGCAUUCCCAAACAUGGUUCUGAUGGACCCUUACAUAGACACCUACAUUGAGGUGGAUGAUGCCAUACCCUGCUCUGUACCUCUCAGAGGGUGUGUGAUGGUCAGAAUGGUAACUUGAAGGAUAACUAA